GGGAUAUGAAGCAGCUGCUGGUGUGGAUCCGACUCAACCUGCUCAAGGAGCGGCCUGAGCUCUUUGUCCAGGGCGACUCUGUGAGACCUGGGAUCUUGGUGCUGAUCAACGAUGCAGACUGGGAGCUAAUGUGACACUAAAGGAAAGGCCUCGACGUGACGUGAUGAAUGCGAGUCUGCAGCAACAGAUGUCCAUACACAAUUCUUGGUGGUCGUACUGGAGUGGACGCAAGAAUUGCGUUUGGACAAUCAGCCGCUAAAAGACCCCACUUGUCCUCACGGGAAGGUUGCAAAAAGUGGUGGAAAGCAAACCGCGCGUCCUCCACUUCCUCGCUUUGCCCUUUUCAUGCGCCGACUCCUCCUGAGGCGGGAGAACCCAGUGUCUUAUUGUGCCCGUCCCGAUGCUACUUCUCCGAGGAGAGAUCUCCCGAGGAGUCGCGAAUGCAGCUUCCGACCGUGGUGGUCGCCAUCAUAGCCAGGAACGCCGCUCACUCCCUGCCUUACUACCUUGGAGCUUUGGAGAGCCUCGACUACCCCAAAGAUCGCAUCUCGGUGUGGGCUGCCACAGAUCACAAUGCAGAUAACACCACAGCCAUCCUCAAAGAGUGGCUCACCAUCAUGCAGAAAUUUUACCAUUAUGUGGAGUGGAGACCCAUGGAGCAACCUGUGUCUUAUGCGGGAGAGAUGGGUCCCAAACACUGGCCUAACACCAGAUACGAGUAUGUGAUGAAGCUAAAGCAAGCGGCGCUUAACUUUGCCAGGAAACGCUGGGCGGACUACAUUCUGUAUGCAGACACCGAUAACAUCCUUACCAACCCUAACGCACUCAACCUGCUGAUAGCUGAGAACAAGUCAGUCAUAGCUCCCAUGCUGGACUCUCAGGGAGCGUACUCCAAUUACUGGUGUGGAAUAACACCACAGGGCUAUUAUCGAAGGACAGCAGAGUAUUUCCCCACCCGCCACCGUUACCGCUUGGGCUGCUUCCCUGUCCCGAUGGUGCACUCCACCAUGUUGCUGGACUUAAGGAAAGAGGGAAUGAAGAAACUGGCUUUCUACCCUCCUCACAAGGAAUACUCCUGGCCCUACGACGACAUCAUCGUCUUUGCCUUCUCCUGCCGAGCUGCAGCGAUUCAGAUGUACCUGUGCAACAAGGAGCGCUACGGCUACUUGAAUAUCCCGGCCAAACCUCACCACACCCUUGAGGACGAUCGCCUCAAUUUUGUCCACGUUCACUUGGAGUCUAUGAUUGACGGCCCUCCAAUGAAGCCCUCCCGAUACACCCACAUGUUACCCAAGCAGAGAGACCUGAUGGGCUUUGAUGAGAUUUACCUGAUUAAUUUGCGCCGGCGCCCCGACCGCAGACAGAGGAUGUUGUUCUCCCUGAAUGAACUGGAGAUCGACGUCAAGGUAGUUGACGCUGUGGAUGGAAAUGCACUGAACAGCAGUGACAUCAAAAUUCUGGGGGUGGACUUACUACCGGGCUAUUACGACCCAUUCUCGGGACGUACUCUCACCAAAGGAGAGGUGGGCUGUUUCCUCAGCCACUUCUACAUCUGGAAGGAGAUGGUGGACUUGCAACUGGACAAAGCUCUGGUGCUGGAGGACGACGUCCGCUUCCAGGCAAACUUUAAACGACGAGUCCUGCGGUUAAUGGAGGAGGUAGAACAGGUGGAGCUGGACUGGGACCUCAUAUACUUUGGCAGGAAGCAGGUGAACCCGGCAAAAGAAGAAGCGGUGGACGACGUCCAGAAUCUGGUCGUGGCAGACUAUUCCUACUGGACUCUCUCUUACGCCAUCUCCCAGCAAGGUGCCCAGAAGCUGGUCAACGCUGAGCCGCUUUCCAAGAUGCUGCCCGUCGACGAAUUCCUCCCCAUCAUGUACGACAAACAUCCCAACGAGGACUACAAGUCCCACUUCCCCAACAGGAAUUUACAAACCUUCAGCACGCGCCCACUUCUGGUGCAGCCUUGCCAUUACGCCGGCGACCCACAAUGGGUGAGCGACACCGAAACGUCAACGCUGUGGGACGACGACGCGGUGCGCACAGACUGGAGGGGCUCCCACAAGACCCUAAAGGGGGGCGUACCCCCACCCGAGAUGCUGUCGGCUUCCUACAAGGACGAGCUCUAAGAGGCGAGAGAGAGGUGAACACUGUCGGGACAAAGUGUUGUCGCAAUCCCACCCCAUGUCACGUGGACCACCCUGUGCCGUUUUAAGGUGGACUUUCCUGCAAAGCACGUUAAUGGUGACAUGAUGGUGGUAAGGUUGACAUUUUUUUAUUUUGUGUUCAUCAGGGACAGGUUUUCUUACACGUUGCACAAAAACACAUUUUGCGAUUGUGACAAACUAUUCAUCUGUUUGUUCAUAACCAAAUGUACCUCAUAUACUGUAUCUGGAGCAGUAGUGCACUCACUUUAUUAGGUACACCUACACUAUCUGAAAGAGAAUUAAAAAAAGACCUUUGCAAAUUUUUUUAAUGAGGACACUGCCCAACGAGUUUUCCUUGCGGGCUGCAAAGCAGUUUGGCAAAAUUCAUAUUUUACUACCUACAUUGGAGUUAAGGGUAUCAUUUGAUUCAUAUUGAGUAUGGUAACAUCACAAACUUCUUACUUACUUUUGCAUAUAGAUAUUUGCUUUUCCACUGCACUGUUUAUUUUAUUUUUUUCAACAUGGCGUCCGUGUGCUAGAAGCUAAACUGCACUGUGAGUUUAUUGACUAAACGUGGCAGUUGCACUUCCUGUCCCUUCCCUGAUACAAGUAUGUUCUGUGUGCGAAGCCAAAUAAUCGCCCCAACAUAAUUCUACCUGCAUUUUAUUUUUCAGAAUUUAUAUGAUGCCUAACUAAAAACGCAAGCUUUCCUGAGACACACGAACUGAUGUGUAGAAUCUGACGCUGCGUCAUAAUCAGACAUUUUUUAAUAUUAUCCCUGUCAUCCAACUAAAUACUCCCAACUUCAGCUUUGAUUUGAAUCACUGAUUUCCUCUUUAAAUUCAUCUCGACGGGGUUACAAUUCAAGUAACUAAUAUUUCCGAUGCUCCAUAAUAGAUUUUGAACGCAAUCACAGCGCACACACGUCAAUGAAACUGGCGUUGCAUUGCAUUGCUUUGUUCAUCUCAAUGUCUUAAUUUAUUUGUUGUCUCACAACUUUUUCCACUUGUCAGUGUCUUCUGUGCAUCAUGCAUUUUGUUACAAUACAAAAAACCAACAACAGUAUCAUAAAUAUCCGGAAUCAAAACAUUC